CUCUUUUAUAUAAGGAGGCAAUUUUUAGAUCUGCUGCGGCUGGUGCUUGUGUGUCGGUUCGAUUCUUCUUUAUUUUUGCUUCAGUACGCAGUACUCUCUCCAACACACACUCAGAGAGACACUCUCUCUUCUUCUCUAUCGUUUUCUUUCACCGCAUGUCGGUUUAGUUUCGUGUCUAGGCUCAUCAUACCAAUCACCACAGAGCUCCAUUGCUUUCGUUAACCACAGCCGCUCUAUUUUUACUCUCUCUCUCUCUCUCUCUCUCUUUUAUUUCUGGGUCUUAUUGGGUUCUGGUUAGGAAAGCUAUAGCACUCUUUGAUCUUAUCCUCUGAUUUGUGUCUAAUCUCCUCCUUCAAUCUUUGGCACAAGGCUCUGAUCGAUCUGAUUUUCUCAGAUCGCUCUGUUUUGGAACAACUAGUGUUUUCUGAGUCACCUCAGACUCCUACUUCAGCUCAAACAAAUUGGUCUAAUUGGUGAAGACCCAGUUUGGUGUUUCAUUCGUUCUCAUCUGGGUUUGUCUUAGAUCUUCAAGAUAGCAGAUAGAAAAUGUUGGAUCCAAGCGAUAAAGGAUCAGAGUCCGAGGAGAUGAAUAUCAAAACCCCAGAUGUGGGUUCAUCCGAAGAAGGCCAUAAGAAGACCUGCGCCGACUGCGGAACCUCCAAAACUCCUCUAUGGAGGGGAGGCCCAGCAGGCCCUAAGUCGCUAUGCAAUGCGUGCGGGAUCAGAAGCAGGAAGAAGAGAAGGGCCAUUCUGGGCUUGAACAAAGAAAACCCCAAUGAUAAAAAGGGCAAGAGAAACAAGCAGCUAGGCGAUGGUUUGAAGCAGAGGCUAUUGGCUCUGGGAAGAGAGGUUUUGAUGCAGAGAUCGACGGUGGAGAGGCAGAGGAGGAAGCUAGGGGAAGAAGAACAAGCGGCUGUGCUACUGAUGGCUCUUUCAUAUGGCUCUGUCUAUGCUUAGUCUCUCCAUCAUUAGAAUAAUUAGUAUAAAUAAUAUGAUUAAGAUAUAGUUCUUAGGAGAAUGGCAAUUCUAACCUCUAUUUUUCAGUGUAACUUCCCCCCCUCCCUCCCUUCCUCCCCCUAUCAUCUGUCUCUUUCGUUAGUGAAAUUUACUUUGUUCGUUAUUUUUGGUAGCUGCCCCUUUUGAAGCCUCAUGUACUAAGUACUAAUUUUGGGCUUUUGGAGAGUGAUUGAGCAGGUGUAAGAUUUUGGAGAUCUUCUUUUAUUUUUGCUGACAUAAAAUUCCUACUACUAG